UUCCCUCUCUUUGGGUCACAAAACUCCAACCCAGUUCCCACUUUGUGUAAUUGGUUGAUGGAGCGGUGGAGAAGACUUUGACUCGACACAGGAGCAGGUUGCCAGCGUCACAGUUCCAAUAAAGAAAAUCCCCCGAGGGACGAGAAAGAGAGGGAGUGGAGUAGAGACAGGCAAAGGCGAGGAAGAGAGGGAAGACUGCUUCAGUUCUUCAGCUGACCGAGUCGCGAUGGAAGCGCACGGCAUGUGUGAUUAGGGAGCACCGCGUCUGGAAGCGCUCGCUGUGGGAACGUGGGAUACAGAGUGAAGAUCCUUCAGAACUGACCGGUGCCAAUUUGUUUUUGUUUACAUCGUCAUUUAGCGGAUUAUCUGAGAAUCAUGAACGUGCCGCCCCCCGACCGCAGGAAAAACGUGCGAGAACUGGCUCUGGAAAUUGGCAUUCGAGUUCUGCUUUUCGGAGUUUUUGUGUUUACAGAGUUUCUGGAGCCAUUCGAGCGAGUGAUUCAACCGGAGGAGCUUUGGCUCUACAAGAAUCCUUUAGUGGAGUCUGACCAUAUCCCCAAGAGAGUCAUGUUUGCAAUUUCGUUUCUUACCCCACUAGCGGUGAUAUUUGUGGUGAAGAUAAUACAGAGAACGGACAAGACAGAAAUCAAAGAGGCAUGUUUAGCUGUGUCCCUGGCUCUUGCCCUGAAUGGCGUCUUCACAAACACCAUCAAGUUGAUUGUUGGCAGACCGAGGCCGGAUUACUUUCAGCGCUGUUUUCCUGAUGGACAAGUAAACGUAAAGAUGCAGUGCACUGGAGAGCCAGAUCUCGUUUCCGAGGGACGCAAGAGCUUCCCCAGCAGUCAUUCCUCCUUCGCCUUCUCCGGCCUUGGCUUCACCUCCUUCUACCUGGCAGGGAAGCUGCAGUGUUUCACAGACCAGGGGCGAGGGCGUAGCUGGCGUCUCUGUGCCAUGGUGCUGCCUCUCUACAGUGCCAUGAUGAUUGCCCUGUCCCGGACUUGCGACUACAAACACCACUGGCAAGACGCCUUUGUUGGAGGAGUGAUCGGGUUGCUGUUUGCGUACAUCUGCUACCGCCAGCACUACCCACCUUUUCUGCACACGGACUGCCACCGGCCUUAUGCCAGUCUGGCUGCCACUACCCACUCACCCGCACAUGCCCAGGAGGACCCCCAGCCCACUGACAAUGCCACCACCCUCCCUCUGGAGGGCUUGACUAAAGGGCCAGUAUGACUAGUGUCCACCACUGAGACUCCCCCGACACACUCACUAAACCACCAAGCCCAACUCCCCAUUCCCACUGAUUGAGUGGCUCUUGUUUACAUUCCAGUGGACAGUUAUGCCCCUCACUGAUCCCCAUACACUUGCACCCAGUCUCGGUGGCACCUUCAUACUUUUUUUGUUUAUCCUUUUAUAUCUGUUUCUUGCUUAGCAGCUGUGAAUGUCUAUAUUUAGAUGUGAUGUUAGGAGAAUAUGGGACAUCACCACUGAGAGUGGAGAAAGAAAAGGAAGCAGGUUUUACUAAUGGCUGUUAAAGUUGUUAAAAAAAAUAAAGCCAAUUUCUUUGCUGGGAUUUAUUGAAUUAAUGAGAGAUGUUGUUGGCAGCUUGUGUUAUGCUGGAGUGUAUUUAACAGUUUGCAGUUAGUUUGGAAACCUCAGAAACCCCGUUUAAAAUAUCACAGCAAUCAAACCAUGAAAUCAAAGUACUGUAAUAUAUUUAUUGAAAGAUUUAUUUAAAGAGGCUUUGUGAGCAAGAAAUUAUGGGAUUUGAGAGCAAUUAGAUACCUAUUAACAUUCUGGAGUAGAAUUUCUGACACUGCUUUUUCAGAGGCAAACUAGAUUCAUACAUUGUUUUGUCUAUGAUAAUUUGAGGUUGUCCAUUGUAACAUAACGGUAAAUACUGGACCAAUACAGUCUUGGAUUAAGGCACUGGUCUGUGUUAAGGGAAAAAUGUCAGAAUGUCUUUUUUAAAGCACCUUUUAAGAAUACUACCAAUCCGUUUUCCAAUGCAAUUCCAAGAUCACCUCUCAUGUAUUCUUCU